CGAACCGUUCGUUGUGGACGCGGUCGACUGUUCGCCGAUCUGAGGUGACCGUUCUGACGAGCCUCUUGAUCCGUGAUCUUAGCGACUUUGCGAGCAAAAUCAAACAGGUCCGCUCGGUCUGCCCUGGCAAUUUUGGCGCGCUGACUUCGUUCUAUAGACCCGUAGAAGGAUAGAGGAGAUUCCUGCUUCGAGUUUGGACGCUCGUUUGACCUGUUCGCGGUCUGACGGAGGAUUUGAAGAAAAAGCGCGUACCAGCGUCUCGUACAGUUCCGUUUGCUUGACGCGUCGUAAAACGUUCCGUGGAAGAACGUGCGUACCGAGAGUGAUAUGAAGAGGGUAAAGCUGUGACAGUGAGAGUCGAACGCGAAGAAUAGACCUGGUGACGACGAGAAUAUCUGACCUUAUGCCCUCGGCCACUGGAGGAACUAACCCCAUAGGGCAGCAGAAGGGUGGGGCGACUAUGCCCAGUAAUGAAGAGUGUGGGAUCCGAGAUGUUUGGGGUCACAAUCUCGAGGAAGAGUUUCGUACGAUUCGCCAAGUCGUACAGCAGUAUCAGUAUAUUGCAAUGGACACUGAAUUCCCUGGAGUAGUCGCUAGACCCAUUGGCGAGUUCAGGACUAGCGCUGAUUAUCAGUAUCAGUUGUUACGAUGUAACGUAGAUCUCUUGCGGAUAAUUCAACUUGGUCUCACGUUUCUCGACGAAUCGGGAAACACGCCUGGUGGUAGUUACACGACGUGGCAAUUUAAUUUCAAAUUUAAUUUACAGGAAGAUAUGUAUGCGCAGGAUAGUAUAGACAUGCUGCAAAACAGUGGUAUACAGUUCAAGAAGCACGAAGAAGAGGGUAUCGAUCCGUUAGAUUUUGCCGAAUUAUUGAUGACAUCGGGGAUCGUUCUCGUCGAUGAUAUUAAGUGGCUGUCCUUUCACUCUGGUUAUGACUUUGGGUAUCUACUGAAACUUCUUACAGACCAAAAUUUACCACAAGAGGAAAGUGAGUUUUUCGAACUCCUUAGGAUAUACUUUCCAACGAUAUACGAUGUAAAAUAUUUAAUGAAAUCUUGCAAAAAUUUGAAAGGAGGCCUACAAGAAGUAGCGGAACAAUUGGAGAUUCAAAGAGUUGGACCGCAGCAUCAAGCUGGAUCUGAUUCGUUACUUACGGGAAUGGUUUUCUUUAAGAUGCGGGAGAUGUUUUUCGAGGAUAAUAUCGACGAUGCGAAGUAUUGUGGUCAUUUGUACGGUUUGGGAACGUCGUUCGUCGUAAACGGUUCGGGCGGGUAUCUAGACAGUAAUGGAGAUAAUUCUUCGUCUUCGUAAUGUUAAUAAAACUAUCACGUCUCAGUCGGAACGCGUUGUUUCAUUCGAAUAAAAUGUUACGAAAACAAUGUUUCACUUAAUGAUCAAGCGUAUAGUUCAUGUCCACGAUGUUGUAUUCGAAUCACUGCUGUAAAUCACAAAGAGAAAUAUCCACGUAUUGGAAGAACGAAACUAUAGGAACGUUUCUUUGAUAUAUUUGUGUAUUUUUUUAAUUUCUUUCAUAGGUCUCUUCUGUGAUACUGUGUUAUUGAUCGAAACGUGAAAUAUUUACAAAUACUGUGCAACGUAAAAGAUGUGUAACGUAGUUUCUUUACAAGCGUUUGUGACAAUAUUGGUAUUACGAGAUGAUACAAUUGCAGUACAAAAGAUGAAAACAAAGUGGAGACAAGACUAACUUUUAAGAAUUUUGCAAAAUCUCUAUUGGGAUGUCGAUGGUUCACUGAACAUUGCGAAGGAGAAAAGAAAUUUAAGCGAGAGCAAGUGCAAAUUGUUGCAUUGUUCAGGUACAUCUAUUAAUGUUCAUAUGUACAUUUGUCAUACAUUGCAUUUAUAGAUCGGUACGUUUUAAGCCUGGUAAUUUCUUAUAUUUAGGAUUUUAAUAAAUAUUCAUGAAAAUCAGACGCCGUGCAAUUUUAGAUGAGACUAGAUAAAACGAUUAACGUAUAGUACUCAAAGAUAAAAACAGAUGUGCUAUAAUUCCUUAAUGGUUAUUACUAUUUUGUAGAACACGAUUAGCAGAAAAAUUUCCUUUCUUUAAAUUACUUUUUCAGACAGUGUUACGUACGUGUAGUGUACGCUUUAUUGUGAAACGCGUUAGUUACCAAACUAAAAAUAGUAUGAUCCACUGCAGCACUUUCAACGUAAAAAUAUCGCAAACAUACUUCUUUUGUAAAUAAUACGUCUUCGUACCAGAAAUACAAUAAACGUCCUACGUAAGAA